CUCCCGUCUCUCCUGUGCUCCAUUUCACACACCUACAGUCACACACACAGGAACAGCAGAGAGGACGCAAAACAAGGUGACACCUUCAGCAGCCAUUCAGGCAGACACAGCUUCAUCUGUGACCCCAGAGACUGAGACGUCAUGUCAGGGGACGGUAGCCAGGGAGACACGACCCAGAGUAAUGGAGUCAAAAAUCACAGGUCGGCUCUUCCCGCUGCUAUGUUCUCUCGAAACAAUGCCAGUAUGUGGAGCAUUCUCAAAAAAUGCAUCGGGAUGGAACUGUCGAAAAUCACAAUGCCAGUGAUUUUUAAUGAGCCUUUGAGUUUUCUCCAGAGAUUGACUGAGUACAUGGAACACACAUACCUCAUCCAGAAGGCCAACGCUUCACAAGACUCGAUCCACAGAAUGAAGAGUGUGGCAGCGUUUGCUGUGUCAGCUGUGGCCUCGCAGUGGGAGAGGACCGGCAAACCCUUCAACCCUCUGCUGGGAGAAACCUAUGAGCUGCUCAGAGAGGACCUGGGGUUCAGGUGGAUCUCUGAGCAGGUCAGUCAUCAUCCACCGGUCAGUGCCUUCCACGCCGAGGGCAUAAAGAACGACUUCAUGUUUCAUGGCUCCAUUUAUCCCAAACUCAAGUUCUGGGGAAAGAGUGUGGAGGCCGAACCUCGUGGUAUCAUCACCCUAGAGCUUCCCGUUCACAAUGAAGCCUACACCUGGACCAACCCUACCUGCUGUGUUCAUAACAUUAUCAUGGGACAACUGUGGAUUGAGCAAUAUGGAAAUGUUGAAAUUAUUAAUCAUAAAACUGGGGAAAGAUGUUGUUUGACUUUCAAGUCGUGUGGCAUGUUUGGAAAAGAGUUGCAUAAAGUGGAAGGAUACAUACUUGAUAAAAGUAAAAAAAAGGUCUGUGCUCUCUAUGGCAAGUGGACGGAGUGCUUGUAUUCUGUGGAUCCAGCGACGUUUGAUGCUCACAGGAAGUCUGACGUGAAGCGUUCUGACAGGAAGGGAAGUACACAGAGUAAUAAUGCGGAAGAGGAGCCGGAUGAAAUGCCUCCUCCAGAGACCGAGACUGUGCAGGUCAUUCCAGGAAGUGAGCUCAUCUGGAGGAUAUCACCGCGGCCAGACAACUCGGGAAAAUACUAUGCCUUUACAUCAUUUGCUCUGCAGUUGAAUGAGUUGGAUGCAGAGAUGGAGCGAGUUCUUCCACAAACAGACUGUCGUCUGAGACCUGAUGUCAGAGCCCUGGAGAGCGGACACAUAGAUGUAGCCAGUGCAGAGAAGAACAGACUGGAGGAAAAACAACGCAUGGCUCGGAAAAAUCGCUCCCAAUCAAAUGAAGAAUGGAAAAUAAGGUGGUUUCAUCAGGGGCCGAGCCCUCACACCAAAGCUCCAGAUUGGCUCUACAACGGCAGCUACUGGAACAGGAACUACUCACAACUGCCUGAUAUAUACUGACCUCAAACCACUGCAGACAUCUGGGGGAAUGGAGUACAUGUACAGUACAAACGCCCUACUGUUGAGGAAAUGUGUUGAGUUUAUAUAAAUGCAUCAUAUAUGGUGAUAAACUGACAAAGAUGAUACAGGGCAUCAUGAUGUAAGAUACAAUAGUGUUUCUUGUACAACUCCUUUAAAUAGAUUAGGAU